ACUCUGGACACCAUCACUGAUCAGUUAGCCAGCGCGGGUUUAUGUCUCUUACUUUUUAGAUUUCUGUUGUUCAUUUCUCUUGUAAUAUUCAAGUGGCAUUCUGUUAUAAUAUGAAGUUUCCGUUAUUUAGUCCGGGCAAAUCACCAUGUUUACAAGGAAACACCGAGAUGGACGUGAUCAACGAGAAACUAACAGAACGACUAAGAAAGACACUUUACUUUGGAAAACAUCCUGACAUGGAUCGGCCCUCUGUAGCUGUAACAGAUAUCGCCGUUGAAUUUUUUGCAAGUAAUGGACCGGUAGAUCUCCGAGAAAUUGACAAAGACUUUGCCGCUUCUGUAUCAAGGAAAGCUUGUAUUGGUCCCUGUGCCAUGAUGCUAGGAAUGCUGUACAUUGAACGCUUGAAACAUCGAGACACGGAAUACCUCCAAAAAGUAUCGUCUUCCGACCUCUUCCUCAUUUCAAUGAUGGUGUCAUCCAAGUUCAUGUACGACGAGGGUGAGGAUGAGGAAGUUUAUAACGACGAGUGGGCUGCUUCUGCGAAAAUGGAAACUGCUGAUGUCAACCAACUCGAGGCAGACUUCCUUAAGGCUAUAGAUUGGAAUCUCUUCGUGAAGCCAUGUGAGUUCCUCGCGUUGCUGCAUCGCAUCGAGGCACGUAUAGCUCUGCAGCAGGGAGUCGACCGAGGCUGGUUCUCCUUCACCGACCUUGAUGUGCUCGCUCGCGACCUUCACUGGAAUGACCUCCUCAAGGAUCUCACCGACACCCUGAUGAAGGUAGUGGCCGUGCUGGCUGUGUCCUACUUGACCGCCGUGCUGGCUAUUUUUGGAUCGGUGGCGGCGGGGCACCACGCCCGAGUCCAGACGCAUCUCCACACCAGCCGACUCAUCGACUAUCUCUCCGACUCCCCGGCUUCUCACCUCGACCCCCUCGGUGCGGCCAACGUCUCCUACCCAGCUCCGCGCCAAGAAACCAUCGACGCUCUCCGGACGAACGAAUCCCGGUGGGCCGCCGACGACGACCAGAAGGAGAUCCAACAAUCGAGCUUCACGCUCGACGCGUCCCUGGCGGCUCGGCUCUCCGGCGACGCGGCCGGUGGCACCCCCUCGUGGUCGCGUCUCGACGUCGAAGUCGCCGCCAACGCGUCCGCGCAUCGUCGUCGGCGGACGCGGCAGCGGACGCUGUGCGAGCAGCUGGUGACGACCGACGGACUCGCGACGAUGCUGCGAUGUCACCUUGGCGCGCGGCGAGCCGGAAUCUCGCUCGACCACCCGUCGCACGUGCUGCGGCACAUCAUGGUCGGGGUGCCGUAGCGCGGCGGCCGCGUCGCACGUUCGCUUGUCUUCCUACGCAGAUCUGAGGCGCAGCGCCAUCUAGGUGUAUUUAGGGUAUUUUGGUGUCAUCUUCAUGGUAUCACAGGUCGUCGAUAGUUGGUGUCAUCUUCAUGGUAUCACAGGUCGUCGAUAGUUGGUGUCAUCUUCAUGGUAUCACAGGUCGUCGAUAGUUGGUGUCAUCUUCAUCGUAUCACAGGUCGUCGAUAGUUGGUGUCAUCUUCAUGGUAUCACAGGUCGUCGAUAGUUGGUGUCAUCUUCAUGGUAUCAGGAGUCUUAUCAAUAUAUAUUAUAUCAGAUAUAUCAAAAUAUAUUGAUAGACUCCUGAUGGUAUCACAGGUCAAUGAUGGUUGGUGUGAUGAACAUCCAGUAUUAGCAAACUGCACUUAUGCACGCAAUGCUCACGCGAAGAUGGCACUUCGUUUACGCCUUUUCAGAAAUUCUACGAGCCAUAAUUUAGAUAGAGAGUUGCACAUAGAUUGUCAGAAAGAUGAAUUGGAGUAUUUUUCAACGUGCUUAUAUUAUUUUUUGACAGAAAAUCGUGAAAGUCCCAAGCUGCUGCAUCCAGCAAACUCGUAAUAGUCAUAAAAUGGAGGUGUUCCGGUGUAAUUCGCUUGAAUAGUUAUGAUACAAAUAAAAAUAAAAAUAUAAAUAGGUUAAACCUAUUAUACGUGUAUAACUUAUAUAAACCUGUUCAUGGUAAAUUGGUCACUGCAAGGAGAUAUAAAAAAAAUUCAUACUCCUAUUUCUAAUUUUUGUAUUGUCCUGUAAAUCAGGCUAGAUUAGUAGAUAAUGACUUUUAUUUGCUUAAACCCUUAUAUCUAUACGAUUUUUAUUUAGCUGUAAUAAAAUGUUAUCACCAUAAAUCAGCACCUCAAGAUUUGAAUGUUAAAUUAGUGAGCCUUAUUAGCAAUUUGAUUAUAAGCAAUGUAAAGGAAUGGUUGAUUGUAGUAUUGGUGGUUUCAUAAUAUUCUGCACGAGUAUUAAUAUUUUUUGUGCGUAUUUGUAUAGUUUUUUUUAGCCUGAUCAAGAAUUCAAAUCCUUUAGGUUGGUACUUUGAUUUGCUGUGAAUGAAGGUUUUGAUUGCAAUCCUCGGUGAAAACAUCCGUGGGUUGAAACUGCAAUUUGGCUGAUGCAACUUCAUAACAUAAAACGAAUGCAAAAGAAAUAAACUAUUUUGGCAAACAGUUA